GGGUACAAUAUAGUCCUGUUCUCCCUGUUACGGUAUUGGGGGAAGAAUUCAUGGAACCUGCGCAGGGCACAGACAUCUUGAUUCUUGCAGGAUCAUGAAGACCAGGAGUCAACAAUAAGGACGGGGUAUAAAUUCCCCCUGGUCAACUUCUUCAACAUACACGCAGUAGCCCCAUCAACUCAUCAUCAUCAAUCAGAAGUGAAAAUGCGUUUCCUCUUCUCCCUCCUCGCGGCCACGGCCCUCGCCAGCGCCAUUCCAACUGCAACAAUCACCAAACGCGACGCCACAGCCGUCGUAGAUGCCGUUAACAGCAUCGCCAGCCAAAUGGUCGUCCUCAACAACACCGUCACCUCCUACGACGGCGGCAUCCAAGGCACCCUCACAGCCCUCAAGAUCGAAGUUGAAUCUGUCAAGCUCUCCUGCGACCUCCGGGACGCGAUCUCCACCACGCAGGCGUCUGCCAACUUCACAAACGCGGAAUCACUCACUGUCGCAACUGCAUUCAUCAACCUCCAGCCGCAGAUCUUCUCCACGCUGAACAAUAUCGUCGCGAAGAAGCCAAAGUUCGAUACAGGGUUGUUGGGGAUUGGAUCGUUGGCAUUCCUGGUUAAGGGCAAUUUGCAGCAGCAGAAGGAUUUGUCAGGGCAGCUUGGGAAUGCGGUAGCGGUGAAGUUAGCACCGUUGUAUGCGCAGCUGGCGCCGAUGAUCAAUAAGCAGAUUGCGGAUGCGUUUGACAAGGCUAUUGCGGCGUAUAGUUGAAGAGAUUUGAGGGCUGUGUUGCGAUGGUCGAUUGCCAUGGACAUAUCUGUGUGUUGUUGCUACUCACUACCUAGGGUUAGCACUGCAAUGGGUAACAUAAUAUGAAGGCAUAUGAUUCGCC